AUGUCGCAACAGCAGACAAACGAUCUCCCACCUUUCACGUACGGGCCUCUUUCCCGUGGUCAGAUCAGACUCUUGAUGCCUACAGGCGAUGAAGACGGACUGUCAUGGACGAUGGAAGUGGUCGAUCUUGACGAUGAUGUCGAAUUCGACGCGCUUUCCUAUGUGUGGGGUUCGCAAGAUCAACUGUAUCCGAUCAAGUGCAAUUAUCAGAGGCUCCAUGUUCACCACAAUCUAUUUUCCGCACUGCCGUAUCUGGCCCAUCAGCCGUUGCGACCAAUCUGGAUUGACGCCCUGUGUAUAAACCAGAGCGACUCCGAAGAGAAGAUGAGUCAGAUCUCGUCAAUGAACAGGAUUUAUCGAAAAGCUCAGACAGUCUGGAUCUGGCUGGGUCUUCUAUCAAAUCAGGACUUGAUGCAAGAUGCUAUUGACUUGCUUCCAGUCAUUGCAUGUGCAGGGCAUCACGCCUGGAGGCGUUCCAAAGGACAAGAUGCGGAAAGUUUUGAACUGGACGUGGAUAUGCAUAUCUCCAGAGAUCUUGACCCUCUUACUCUCGAAUCAUUGAAACACCUUUUGGGCAAUCAAUGGUUUCGUCGAGUGUGGAUUUUGCAAGAGUUUACACUAGCCAAAUCGGCCACAUUUCUCUGUGGCAGUCAUCCGAUAGACGAGCAUCUGAUGGUUGAUGCCCUUGUAUGCUAUUGGCAACUAUACGACUUUGGAUGGAACAAACUAGCCCUCGAAACAGAAUAUGGUACUUCCGUUGUCAUCGCGAGAGUACUGGUGCAAGCAGAUUUCAGUCAAGAGACCGCCUUUCUUCGUGCUGAGCUAGCACAAGCUUUGUUGCGACUCUCCAAUGACUCAAGUCACUAUCGACAGUGUCAUCUGCCACAGGAUCGCGUCUUAGGAAUAUUGGGAAUACUCACCCCUGUGCAGUACCAAGUGCUCGAAGAAGACAUGUAUGGAUGUAUGAAUACGGCAGAACUCUACACAAGAUUCAGCGCCGCAACGGUUCCAUUAGUACUUUGUGGUAACGACAUGUACACGUCUUGGCAGUGGCUAGACAGUGCGUUCACAGAGAAGAAGAUUCCUGGCCUUCCAUCGUGGGUCCCAGAUUUUCAUCAUAGCGGCCGAAGGUAUUCCUCUUUUCUUCAAAGACAUCAAGCUAGUGGCCGACCAUGUGUGGCUACAAAGGGGCGAAGACUGGGAGAAUUAAUCAUUGGCGGGACCAUCGUUGACACAGUUGCUUCGGUGUGCGCUACGAUUCCAUCACGGACCGAGCGGAACUAUCUUCUGAGCCUCGCUGCAUGGGAAGAGGAAUUACACGAGGCAUGUACAGGGUUGCAACAUGUUCAAAGACGGAAGAGCCCUCUGUUGAAGUCUUACAUCGAGAGGGAAGAAAUCUACUGGAAAACGUUGACCCACGGGUGGUUUAACUUCGAGCCAGCAAUUGAGUCGUAUGAAGCGUUUUACGUGGCACUGCAAAAGUUGAGCAGGAACCACAGAAAGAUGAUGGCCUCAGGCACUAAAAAGUCCUCGAAUCGGUGGGUUCAGCGUCCGCUUGAAAGGGCAGCAGUAGCGCACAAGCUACUUUGCGAUGAAUCCACCGGUGCCGCUCGCUUCAAAGAAGAGUUGGAAUAUACUCUCGAUGAGGCUCAGCUUUUCCUGACCACGGAUGGAAGGUUAGGAAUCACGAACACGGGAGUACUUCCAGGCGACAAAGUCUGUGUGUUCAACGGAUCGUUAUCGCCGCAUGUACUUCGCCAGGUUCCCGAACGACCAACGGAGACCUACAAAUUUAUCGGCAGUGCGUAUGUGCAUGUUCUGAUGAAUAAAGAGGUGGAUGCGAUGGGCCUCCCGGUCAAAGACAUACUGCUUGUGUAAAUAUCAGGAAAUAAGGAAGGGCGUACAAGUCGAACAAAGCCAAGUAGAGACGUCCUGCCAGAUUUAAUGCCGUUUACCUCCAAUAAAAAGAAAUUUUGAUUUGAG